AUUGAACUGUGUGUUGGCAGGAUCGUCUCUUUCUGACUCCCUUGUCCUUCAUUUCCUUUGUUUCUUCUAGCUUGAUGGGGGAGCCCUUUUAACUUCGUGGCGGACUGCCAAUGGCCGUGACAAGCGCACUGACAGCCUGCUCUGGGUAUAUGAUGAUGGCUUACUACUGUAUAGUCGUAUUCAGACGCUGCCCCCAUUUUGAAUUGGGACUUGUGGUGAUGGUGGUCAGUGUAGCCGCAGUGCACAUUGGUAAUCCCGGUCUAAAUUCCCUAGUGGCUCUUUUAGGGAGAAUCAGGAAUUGGUCUGCACUUGUAAACCUUGUUGGCGUCCCAACAUUGAGAGAGAUCUGGAGAUGGGCUGGAGAAAAUUGAACUAAUAGUAGGUUUGGAGAAUAGGCCCCAGCAGAUCCUCCAUGUAUGUCAUAGCGGUACUACAUUUACGGAGUCACCUACUACCUAUUUCAGACAUGAAUCUCAGGGUUUAUGACGUGAUGCGACAAUACUAGUAGGAUACGGAGAAUUGCUGUGAGCAAUAGCUUGUCAGUUAGCCAUGCGAUUGGCAGCGUGGUUGAUGCAAAAACAAAAAACACGAAAUAAAC